GUCUGGUUACUGGGGCUCUGAGCUACAGUCGGAGCCUGGUUACUGGGGCUGUCAGGAGCGGUAGCCGCCAGGUCACAGGUACCAAGCAGCUGGAUUGCAGCUUUCGGAUUGCAUUCUGUUGGUCUCUGGGUUUUGUAGCUCUUUCCACCUCCGCCGUUGAAUGCCUUUCCGAGCUGAAUGAUCCACCGACUCCGCCCGUUCUCGGACGGCAGUUCCUGGGCUGGACUCUGAUGAAAUCGGGGACUCUGGUUGGAUUGGACCUCUCUCUUGAGGCUGAAGGAGAUAAUGGGCACAAGUGUUGAAGGUCAUCUGAAAGCAACGCUAGUCUUUCUGGGAAAACAGCUUCAUCUAUAAAACCAUGAACUGCAAAAAGAUAGCAAGUAUAUGUUUACACUUUCACAAGCAUAGUGUGCAAAUUAAUAGAUCUUAGUAUGCAGACUGCAACACAGUACAGUAAACAAAAACUGGCUGGUGUUUCUUUUUCAAACUGAGACACACAUACAAGCUAGAAACAGAAGACAUUAAUGAAAGUAAAUUUUCAUUAUCAAUACCCAACCAGUCCUGUUGGAGCUACAGAUUGUCAAGAAAGAUCAGCAGCUCUACAUUUGCAACAGGAUGAAGAAAGUGACAAUACAAACAACUUUCUCCAGAACAUGGUGGAAUGCUUCAUGGAACUAAAUGGCAAUAUGGAAAUCUCUGUUCCUUUUGAUGAUUGUGGAUUAGGUGUCAGUAAUUCUUCUCUGAGCCAAAAUUGUAUAGAGGAACAGGAUCUUCGCAAAGUUCGUGAAAACCAAAGAGACACCACAACUAUACUGGGCACUGAAAAGGCUAUCAGUUCAGAAGCGUUAGAUCCUAAUGAUUCAACUAAUGACAGCAUAAUAGGCUGUAUGGAGGAUCCUGUUAGCAACAUGAAACAUAUCUUAAAUGGAGCUGAUUUAAUGGGGAUGAGAAAGGAUACAUUGCUUAAUGCCUCAACAAGUAAAACAUUGUGCUCAUCUAAAGAUGAAGAAAACAGUGAAUUAUGGAGUGACUUUGCAGGUUACUGUAAAACAUCUGUUGUACAGCAGCAAUUUUUUGGUACUUUUCAUGAAUUGUCUUUGAGGGAAAAAGAUGAUUCUGCUGAGAAGAGUUUUCAGCAUUCCAAAAUUCCUAAUGGUUACUUCACAAAUCAUCAUUUUCCAACCCAUCACCACAAUCCUACAAAUGACAAAUGUGAUAAUGAAUUGAAAACCUCUGUCUCCACUAUUAAUGCUUGUGCUCCAAUGUGCCGGAUGUUAAAAUUAAACUCUUCUGUGAAUACUGAGGAAGAUUUACUUGGAUGCAGCAAUCCAGAACAACCUGCAGUUUUUGUUGAUAACAAUUUUGCAGAUUCUGCAGUAAAUAGGACACUUGGAAGUGACACAAUUCAGACUAUUAAUGAUAAGGAAACUGAAUGUUCAGGCCUUGGCUCAACUGAAGCAUUGUGCCCUGUGAAUCCUCCACUUUCAGAAAACCAGGCGAUCCUGUCUGCAAGUUCAGCUCUGAAGGCUGAUACAAGGAGUCUCUUGGAAAACAUUCUUCAGAAUUCCUUCCCAUCUGAACCCAUUAAAUGUUCCUUUGAAGACAUCCCAACACUUGAGAAGGUUCUCAAGAUAAUUGGAGAAGAAAGUGAUACUAAUAAAGCCAACACAUUAACCAGUCUUGAAUUUCCAAAGAUGUGGGAAGAUGUUCAAGAUUUAAAUAGUUUGUCCUUAAGGUUUUGUUGGAAUGUAUCUCACAGUCGAGAGAAGCUCCUGUCUACACUUGGAAUUGACCAAAAUCAAAAGGACACUGGACAAAGUGACCUCCAGUUUCUGGAGGAUACAAUGGCCUGCAGUUUAGACCUGGAGAAGACUGGUGCAUUACCAGAAGUUACUACAGUUUCUGAAAACGGCACCAAAGCGCUAAUCCAAACCAGGAUCCCUGUAAGCGCUUUUCCAAGAACUGGCAGAAGUUUGACUCAUCGACUUGAGAGUGUAGUUAUCCAGUGGUUACAUUUAAAUGGAAAUAGAGUCCGAGAGGUGCCAAGGAUCAAAAAAAGUUCAUUAUUUCUGUAAUACAAAAUUUAAAAUGUUAACAUUUUGUACUUUACCCACCACUUUUUCACUAACACCGAUUUGUUUCAAACUGUCCAUCCAAAUUUUUAACUUUUAUGUUAUGGUCAUUUCAGAAUAUUUAGCAUUUCAAAAUGUAUUGCAAUUUGGUUACAGCAUGAGUAUUAAAGCAAAUAUAAUUUAACAGUUUGACUAAAGGUAUAUUUAAUUAUAGAGUCAUAGAGAUGUACAGUACGGUCCAACUCGUCCAUGCCGACUAGAUAACCUAAUCUAGUCCCAUUUACCAGCACUUGACCCAUAUCCCUCUGAACCCUUCAUAUUAAUAUACCCAUCCAGAUGCCUUUUAAAUGCUGUAACCGUACUAGCCUCCACCACUUCCUCUGGCAGCUCACUUCAUGCACACUCCAUCCUCUGUGUGAAAAGGUUGCCCCUUGGGUCCCUUUUAAUCUUUCCCCUGUCACACUGAACCUGUGCCCUCUACUUCUGAACUUCCCCACCCCAGGGAAAAGACCUUGUCUCUUUUUGUCCUAUCCAUGCCCAUCAUGGUUUUUAUAAACCUCUUUAAGUUCGCUCCUAUGAUUUUAUAAACAUCUAUAAGGUCAUCCCUCAGCGUCCAACGCUCCAGGGAAAACUGCCCCAACUCAUUCAGCCUCUCUCUUUAAGCUCAAACCCCCCAACCCUGGCAACAUCCUUCUGCAUCUUUUCUGAACCCUUUCAAGUUUCACAACAUCCUUCCAAUAGGAAGGAGACUGGAACUGCACACAAUAUUCCAAAAGUGGCCUAACCAAUGUCCUGUACACCCAAAUGUGACCUCCCAACCCCUGUACUCAAGGCUCUGACCAAUAAAGAAAAGCAUACCAAAUAUCUUCACUAUCCUAUUGACCUGCAACUCUACUUUCAAGGAACUAUGAAUCUGCACUCCAAGGUCUCUUUGUUCAACAACACUCCAUAGUACCUUACCAUUAAAUGUAUGAGUCCUGUUUUGAUUUGCUUUUUCAAAAUGCAGCACCUCGCAUUUAUCUAUAUUAAACUCCACCUGCCACUCCUAAGCCCAUUGACCCAUCUGAUCAAGAUCCCAUUGUAAUCUGAGGUAACCUCCUUCGCUGUCCACUACACCUCCAAUUUUGGUGUCAUCUGCAAACAUACUAACUAUACAUCUUAUGUUCACAUCCAAAUCAUCUGUAUAAAUGACAAAAAGCAGUGGGCCCAGCACCAAUACUUGUGGCACUCCACUGGUUACAGGACUCCAGUCUGAAAAACAACCCUCCACCAACACCUUCUGUCUUCUACCUUUGAGCCAGUUCUGUAUCCAAAUGGCCAGUUCUCCCUGUAUUCCAUGAGAUCUGACCUUGGUAACCGGUCUCCCAUGAGAAACUUUGUCACAUGCCUUACUGAAAUCCAUAUAGAUCACGUCCAUUGCUCUUCCCUCAUCGAUCCUCUUUGUUACUUCUUGAAAAAACUCUUGUCAAGUUUGUGAGACAUGAUUUCCCAUGCACAAAGCUAUGUUGACUAUCCCUAAUCCGUCCUCGCCUUUCCAAAUGCAUGUAAAUUCUGUCCUUCAGGAUUCCCUCUGAUAACUUGCUCACCGGUCUCUAGUUCCCUGGCUUGUCCUUACCACCUUUUUUAAACAGUGUCACCACGUUAACCAACCUCCAGUCUUCUGGCACCUCACCUGUGACUAUCGAUGGUACAAAUAUCUCAACAAGAGGCCCAGCAAUCACUUCCCUAGCUUCCCAGAGAGAUCUAGGGUACACCUGAUCAGGUCCUGGGGAUUUACCCACUUUUAUGUAUUUCAAGACAUCCAGCACUUCCUCCUCUGUACUAUGGACAUUUUGCAAGAUGUCACCAUCUAUUUCCCCACUUUCUAUAUCUUCCAUGUCCUUUUCCACAGUAAACAUUGACACAAAGUACUCAUUUAGUAUCUCCCCCAUCUCCGAUGGCUCCACACAUAGGCUGCCUUGCUGAUCUUUGAGGGGCUGUAUUCUCCCCCCAGUUACUCUUUUGUCCUUAAUGUGUUUAUAAAAUCCCUUUUGAUUCACCUUAACUCUAUUUGCCAAAGUUAUCUCAUGUCCCCUUUUUGCCCUCCUGAUUUCCCUCUUAAGUAUACUCCUCCUGCCUUUACACUCUUCUAAGGAUUCACUCAAUCUCUCCUCCAUUCCUGACAUAUGCUUCCUUCUUUUUCUUAACCAAAACCUCAGUUGCUCUAGCCAUCCAGCUUUCCCUAUACGUAUCAGCCUUUCUUUCACCCCAGCAGGAAUAUGCUGUCUCUGGAGUCGUGUUAUCUCAUUUCUGAAGGCUUCCCUUUACCUUUACCUGCGAACAUUUGCCUUCAAUCAGCUUUUGAAAGCUCUUGCCUAAUUGUUUAAAGAUGUUUUCGUUCUUGGGAUGUGGAUGUCAUUUGAAUAGCUGCUCGUAAUCAUCCAUCCCUGGUUAGAGAUUUUUUUUUAAAAAUCUGCAGACACUGAAACCCAAGGUAGACAAGCAGGAGGCUGGGAGAACAUAGCAAGCCAGGCAGCAUCAGGAGGUGGAGAAGUCAACAUUUCUGGUGUGCCUGCUGUAGAGGACUGGGGGUAGGUAGUAGGGGAACUGCAGUUAAAGGUGGUCUGGGAGAGGGUGGUGAGGUGGGGCUAGGUGAAGACAGAUGGAGGGUAUGACCUGGUUGGUCAAUGGGAAGGAUGCAUCCAGUUGGUGGGUGGAGGAUCACCUCAUCAACCUGCUCCGCUAUCCCCUUUAACUGCAGCUCCCCUUACCCCUGCCACCCCCACCCCCUGAAGAAGGGUUACACACAAAACUUUGAUUUGUCCACCUCCUAAUGCUGCCUGGCUUGCUGUGUUCUUCCCGGUCCUGCUAAUCAUCCAUCCUUAGCUGCUCUGAGAAGGUGGUAGACUCUUUCUAUGAACCACAGGAGCAGUUUUAUGCUACUAACCAAUUGACAAGGCAGCGACUUGUCAACAUUAAUGUUUGGCUGGAUUUACGUAAAAGUCAGUUUUCCUUCCCUAAAGGUGAACUUACUGAAAAAUCAGUCAACGGAAUGGUUGCUUUAUUGAUAUUUAUUUCCAAAUAUUUAAAAACUGUAUUUGAAUCCUCAGCUGCAGUGGCAGGAUAUGAACUCCUGUUUGCUGAGUUGAUACUAUACUUUCUGUACUGUAGUUUAAUAAUAGCCAAUACACUACUGUAACCCCAUGAUGUUUUGGGGGUUCAUUUAAUUUGUGUCUAGUUCUUUACAAUGUUAAUGUGAAUAUUGUAUGUGUUAUAUUGAUACUUUGUCAAUGCAGAAUGAUUUUAGAAAAUUAGAAAUCUAACUCAGGAGAAUACCCAGCACAAUGAAGCUGUGAGGUAUGAGGUCCCUCUAAGGAGGGUGACUCUUCAAGGGUUUGCGCUUUGCAGUUUGUGAUGUAACUGCACCCUUAAUGGACCAAACUACAGUUGCAUUCUUUUAUCAGUGUCAACCUUAAUUAGCUACAUCAAAAUAUAGGAACUCCAAGCAGUGAGUACUUGCAGGUAUUUCCUAGAUUUUGUUUGUUACUGCUGUACUAAUAAAAAAAAAGUUUGUAAUCAAAUUAAUUGCCAUGUAAAGUCACUUGGUGCAACAGAAAU